AUGUCGCGGCCACGGUACAAUGUGCGUUUCUCAAUAAGUCCGGAUAAAGUUAACUCCAAAGAAGAGCAAACCGUGUGGACAGAAUGGAAAGUAGCUGUUUAUGGAUUAGUGAUAUCAUUAAUAAUUAUAGUUGUGAAAUUUUUCACCAAUUACGGAAACCAGUUAGAAAAAACAUUUAUUGAAGACAAACUGAUUUAUUACAAAGUGUGGUCUGAAGAUGGACAAGAGAUGUUUACAACAACAUGGAAACAUGCUGCCAAAUACAGUAAUAUCUGGUUGCCAAUCGUAUGCGGUAUUCUGAGCUCCUAUUUCACUUGGGUAAUGGUUUAUUUGGACUCAAAUGAACCUGGAGUACAACCUCCCAGUCCGUUCUCACCCAAAAAGUACAAGGAACAAUCUGGCCACACUUUUCAUCUAAGCUAUGUUUUUGCCAUAAUUAUUGGAUUUUUAGUCAGUGGAUAUAUGUUUAUGAGAGGAGUUUCUAUAGUAUAUUGA